AGAUAAAGUUCAAAUUGGUGUAAUAAAGUUUGCAAGUCAACCUACACUGGUCUUCAAGCUUAAUGAGUAUUCUACACAACCUGACUUAAUACAAGGCAUAAAUACAAUGGACCAUUUGAAAGGGGGAACCGAAAUCGGUCGUGCCCUGACAUUUACUGCAGAUUACUUUGAUGGAUCAAAAGGAGGUCGACUAAGUGUUCCACAGUACCUCAUAGUGGUUACAGAUGGAUAUUCAUCGGAUUCGGUUGUUGCACCUGCUACAGCUUUAAGAGAUAAAGGAAUCAUUACUUUUGCCAUUGGUGUCGCCGAAUCUCCUUGGGAGCAGCUUCGUGAGAUCGCAGGAUCUGAUGAUCAAGUGCAUUUCAUUGAAGAAUAUGAUGCUCUGGAACAAGUGAAAACAGACAUUUUAAGCAAGAUUUGCGAUUCACACAAAGAUUGUGGAAGGGCAGAAAUCGCAGACAUUAUAUUCGUAAUAGAUGGAUCAUUUAAUAUAAACAAGGAACAGUUUCAAUUCGUGAAAACAUUUAUGGUGGCAUUGGUGAAUAGUUCUGAUGUUGGCAUGAGCAAUGUUCGGUUUGGAGCCGUACUGUAUGACACCAAUCCUCACACCAUUUUCCACCUGAAUGAACUGAAGAGCAAAGCUGAAGUCCAAAAUGAAAUCAACGCAAUAGGAAAUUUGACGAAAGGACAAACUUACACGAGCAAGGCUCUCAAUCAUGCCAAAAAACUUCUAGCUCCAGAAUAUAAUGGUCGAAAUUCAGGCAAAGUGCCACAGAUUCUUAUACUUAUCACUCAUGAAAAGGCUGCAGAUAAUGCUGUUCUAGAAACUACAGCUCAAUCCAUCCGAGACCACGGUGUUAGUAUCUAUGCUAUCGGUGUUGCUGGUGCUGAUUUAAAAGAGCUCAACCUAAUUGCCGGAUCGGAUAAAUACUUUUAUGUUCCACGUUAUGAUAACCUGAGAUAUUUAACCCCAAACAUUUCUCAGUUGAUUUGCGAUGCAAGUAACCUUGACUGUGAGGUUGAAAAAGCAGACAUUGUUUUUCUAAUCGACGGUUCGGGAAGUGUUCAAACAGAUGACUUCCAACUUAUAAAGGAAUUCUUGAAAAACGUGAUAACAAUGUUUGACACUGGUGAAGGAAAAGUCCAGUUUGCAUUGGGCCAGUACAGUGUGGACCUACACCCAGAAAUUUACCUGAAAGACCAAAGUAAACUUUACGACGGUAUUGACAAAAUGAAUCAGCUGGGAGGAGGAACUAACACUGGAAGGGCCCUGACAAGUGUGAAUGAUUUCUUUGAACCAACUGAAGGAUGUCGAAAGAACGAAGGAGUACCCCAGUACCUUCUUGUGAUCACAGAUGGACAAUCACAAGACAGUGUCGUUGCCCCAGCAAAUGGUUUGAGGCGACAACAGGUUAACGUUUUUGCCAUUGGAGUUGGAGAAGCAGUUGAUAGUGAACUGAUACAAAUUGCUGGAGAUGCAAACAGAAAAUAUAGUAUCAAGAAUUUUGCUGACUUAAAUAACAUUAAAAGAAGAGUUACCCGUAGUAUCUGUGCUUGCUCCUCAAAAGAUUGCUCCAUGAAUAUUGCUGUAGGAUUUGAUCUCACACAUCCAAUAGGAGAAGAAAUAUUUACUGGUCAGCAUGGCCUACAAGCAAAACUAGAGAAUAUUUUACAGAGAAUUGGGUCUGUGGAUAAAAUCAACUGUGCCUCUAAUCCCAGCCUAAAAAUCAGAGUGGGCUUUCAUAUACAAAGUGAUACUGGUGAGGCUAUCUUUGAAACAGAAUUGAAAGAAUACAAUAGGAAAGAUGUAGAUGACCUGAAGGGUAUCCGAACAACGAGCAGAAUUGAUUUAAAUGAAGGCUAUUUGGCAUCAUUUUCCAAUAAAUUCAUUGAAUCAGCUGGAAAGAUACAGGUGGUGCUGAUGUUUACAGAUGGUUUAGAUGACAACUUAGAGAGACUCGAGAAAACAUCAAGAAUACUCAGAAAAGGAGGAGUCCAUGCACUUAUCACUGUGGCUCUGGAGAAUGCAGUGGAUGUCGACAAUAUUUCCCUCAUUGAGUUUGGAAGAGGAUUUGAAUACAAAAAUCAGCUAUCAAUUGGAAUGCAGGAUAUUGAAAGUUCUUUGCUGAACCAAAUAAAUGUAAUUGCGGGAAGGGAAUGUUGUAAUCUCUUUUGCACAUGCACUGGAGAACCAGGUAGACGUGGUGAUCACGGAUCUCCAGGGCCAAAGGGAUCUUCAGAAGUUAAGGGAUUACCUGGCAAUGAAGGACCGGGAGGUGAAAGUGGUGAGAGAGGCCCACCCGGUCUUACUGGAAAUCGAGGAAAUAUGGGAUGUCAAGGUCCCAGAGGUUUCAAGGGGAGAAAUGGCUAUCCAGGAGAGAUGGGUUCUGAAGGGGAGCAAGCUAUUGAUGGAAUAAAUGGAGAGGAGGGAACAGUUGGGAUUGUUGGAAUGCCUGGUGAAAAAGGAAUCGAUGGAGAUAGGGGAAAGAAAGGGCCGAAGGGAGAUCAUGGAGAACGCGGUGAACUUGGCUUGCGUGGUGACCCUGGAAUAUUUGGCAGCAGUAAUAAUGUCACAGGCCCUAAGGGUGUGGAAGGAGUCCCAGGUCCACAGGGUAAUCCAGGAAAAGAAGGCAUUCAAGGAGAAACUGGAAGUUUUGGAAACAUUGGUCCACAAGGCCACAGAGGAUUGCAAGGUCCAAAGGGAGAGAAUGGCCAGCCUGGUGAAAGAGGCCGUAAAGGAGAUCCAGGACCUCAAGGCCCAGCGAACACAGAGGGACUCCCUGGACAGCAAGGCCCUAAAGGAGAACAAGGACCCAGAGGUGUGCAGGGUAGACUUGGGGCUCCAGGUCGCAAAGGGAGCAAAGGCAACGAUGGAGGAAAAGGACCAAAUGGUCAGUUUGGAGAACCUGGCAACAAGGGUGAGAGAGGACCACUGGACCUCGUGGAUUAAUGGGCUUUGAAGGCAGGGCUGGUUAUGGCCUUCCAGGAUCGAAA